AUGACGCUAGGCCCGGUGGUUACGGGCACGUCGGUUAUUGCCCUCAAGUACAAGAAUGGCAUUAUGAUAGCUGCCGACAAGAAGGCGAGUUACGGGAGCUACGCCAAGUUCCAGAACGUGGAGCGCAUUUUUAAAAUCAACAACAAGACGGUGAUGAGUUUCAGCGGAGAGCUGGCGGACGCGCAGUACCUACACGAGGUGCUCACCCGAGUGAACGUAAACAAUGUCAUGGACAAGAAGAGCAAGUACGACUUGCAUAACACCAAGUACUAUCAUGCUUAUGUGAGUAGGCUCUUUUAUAACCGAAAGAAUAAAAUCGACCCGCUUUUCAAUACAAUUAUCGUUGCGGGGGUGAACUCACAAGAGUACGAUGAUAAUGAUAAGGACGUGUUGCUCUACUCAGACAAACACACCAGUGAUGAGUACAAGGAAAUUAAUAAAGAAGAUUUAUACAUUGGUUUCGUGGAUAUGCAUGGAACUCAGUUUUCAGCUGAUUAUAUGACAACGGGGUACGCUCGUUACUUUGCUCUAACCCUGCUUAGGGAUCACUACAAGGAUUACAUGACAGAGGAGGAAGCGAAGACUUUAUUGAAUGAGUGCUUGCGUGUGCUUUACUACCGGGACGCCACAGCGUCGAACAAAAUUCAGAUCGUGAAGAUUACCAGCAAGGGUGUGGAGUAUGAGGAGCCGUACUUCCUCUCCUGCGACAUGAACUCGCGCGAUUAUGUGUACCCCUCGAUUAUGUUGCCCUCCACGGGCUGCAUGUGGUAA